CGUUCAUUGCAGGCUGUUUUAAGGAAUUCUCAUUCCAUUCUCCCCUUGUUUCAAAUUUGAAACUAGAACAGAAAAGAAUAAAAGUAUAUGUGUAACUAACAGAGCUUUAGGAAAAGGAGCUGAUCAAGAUGCUUCUUGUAACCUCCUCUCUCUGUGCAGGAAAUAAAUACUCUGUAUUUGGGGUACGGUUCUUAAAGUUUCAGAGAUCCAAAAGGAUACACCUUGCAUUGAUCAAGAGUUUGACUGUAUGCUCAAGCAGUUCUACAAAUAAUGCCUCUUUUUCUUCUGCAAUUAAGUUAGUUGAUGCACAAGUUCUGUACUGUUUGGCACCUGCCUUGGGCCAUAACCAGGAAUCUCACCCGGAAUGCAAUUCUAGACUUUCAGCAAUUGCAAAUGCUCUUGACAAAAUGAAGCUUUCAUCAAAGUAUCGUGGUGGAGACGUUUUGGAAAUUACAAAUUGGAGGCCUGCUUCCUUUGAUGAAAUUACGAGUGUUCAUACAACAACUUAUGUAAAUGGUCUAGAGAAGGCUAUGGAGAAGGCUUCCCAAGAAGGUAUUGUGUUCAUAGAUGGAUCUGGACCAACCUAUGCGACUUCAACUACAUUUCAAGAGUCCUAUGUUGCUGCUGGUGCAGGAAUUACACUGAUCGAUUCUAUUGUAAGUUUUGCAAAAGCGAAAGCAGAUAUACCUGUUGGUUUUGCAUUGGUUCGGCCUCCAGGUCACCAUGCUAUUCCAAAAGGCCCAAUGGGAUUCUGUGUCUUUGGAAAUGUUGCCAUAGCAGCUCGGCAUGCUCAGCGUGUGCAUGGACUCAAGCAAGUAUUUAUUAUCGACUUCGAUGUUUAUCAUGGGAAUGGAACAAAUGAUGCCUUCUAUGAAGACCCAGAUAUUUUUUUCCUUUCAACUCAUCAGGAUGGGAGCUAUCCUGGCACUGGUAAAAUUGAGGAGGUUGGGUCAGGAGAUGGUGAGGGGGCAACAUUAAAUCUGCCCCUACCAGGAGGCUCUGGUGAUUUUACCAUGCGGACUGUAUUUGAUGAAGUCAUUUUACCAUCAGCACAAAGAUUUAAACCAGAUAUAAUUCUGGUCUCAGCAGGGUUUGAUGCCCAUGUUUUGGAUCCUCUUGCUGGUCUACAGUUUACAACAAGCACAUACUACAUGCUUGCUUCAAGCAUUCAGCAACUAGCGAGAGAUCUUUGUGGGGGAAGGUGUGUAUUUUUCCUUGAGGGUGGAUAUAAUCUCCAAUCUCUCUCCUACUCUGUUGCUGAUACAUUUCUUGCCUUCUUGGGUGAACCAAGCAUAUCUUCGAAUUUCGAUGACCCUGCCAUUCUAUACGAAGAGCCAUUGGUCAGGGUCAGAGAAGCAAUUCAACGGGUCAAGCAUAUGCACUCCCUUUAGAACCUGUUCAUUUUUAAAGGAGAGUAUAGUAUGACAAUUAUAUCCUCUGUGUAUACUACAAAAGAGAUUGUAAUAUCUGGUCCUUCGACUGAGUUCAACAAGGAGAUCAUCUUCUAUGUGUCAUAUUGAAAUACAUUUUGCACUUCCUCAUGCAAAGACCUCAAGAGGUUUUCUAUUUUUUAUCUAAACUUUUGGCAUCUACUUUAGAAUCAGAAGUAUUUUUGAAAUAUAACAAAUAAUGAUUUGUAGUUCUUAAAUCCAAAAAUUGGAUGGUGUAUGUUCAUCCUUGUGAUGUUACAUUGAUAUGGCAGAAAAUAUCAAAAUUUUCCUUUUUGCUUUUU